AUGGAGUCGUCGACCUAUCUAGUCCAGAUGAAAGGGACCUCAACACACCUGGCGCAGGUGACAGGGACCUACACUGCCAGCUUCUUCACAGUUGACCAGUACCUACUGGUCCUACAGGUCCUGUCAGUGUCCUACACCGUGUUCAGCUCAUUCGGCGUGGCUACUAACUCGCUAAACCUGGCCACUUUUGUUCAAAUCGGGCCGACAGACGGCGUCACUGUCUCCUUCCUGUGCCUCUCCGUGACAGACUUGGGCUUUUCUCUGGUGUCUUUGGCGGGGGGUGUGGCCACCAUACUCAGCAUGCUGGAGGCCAAACUGAGGGUCCGCUUUCAGAUCGACCCCUACGCCGUGACGGUGUUCUGUGGCACGGUGAGCAGCAUGCUGUACGUGGUGACGGUACUCAACACGACCUUCCUGGCCGUCGCGCGCUGCCUCUGUGUGGCCAGACCUUUGCACUUCAAGCACCUGGUCACCACCAAAGUAUCCGUCGUGUUUUUUCUCGUCUUCACAACUUUCUCCCUGGUGUGUUUUGUGCCGGUGCUGGCCAACAUGGGCAUGAUGGACACAGCAGACGGCGCGACCAACAAGAGCAGACGAACUCUGGUUCUGUCAGCUCAAAGGCCGGCACUCAAUGACGCCGCGCUCUUUGUCUCCAACCUCGUUCUGCCCAUUUCUACUGAGGUCAUCACUGGCGCAUGCGUAGUCGUUCUCGUCAAUUGUUUAAGAUCGGCUUCCGCUUCUAGACAAACUCUGACAGGCAGUUCUAGAACAUCGGCAGUCGAGAGUUCGAAACUCACUGGGAAAGACCUGCAGGUGGUCAAACAGGUGGCCUUCAUCGCUUGUCUGUAUGUCGUCUGCAACACGCCCAAGACCGUCAUAGCCAUCGGCACCUUCGCGGAGCCAGAGUUCAAGCUGGAGCGGAAGUUGAAGGACAUCUACAUAACUUCUGUUGGCAUCCGGACCAUCUUCGAGAUCAUCAACGCCAGCCUCAAUUUUGUCAUCUAUUUUCAUUUUAAUUCUAAGUUUAGACGACUGUGCUUUCAUCAGCAACAGUUCUUUAGGAGAUCCAAUUUUCAGUAUAUUAACUAA